CUGCCCAGUUCAGUGAUUGCUCAACUCCCGAGCUGAGAACCAGUUAAGAAAACAAUGCUAACUAAACGAUUUCUGAGCGGUCUUUUGCCGUUGCUACUCUUGGCCGACUGUGUGCUGGGCGUAGCAGUGCCGGGCAAGGUGCCCGAGGAUGAUGACGAAGAGUUCAUGCAUCCGUUUCUGCCAUCAAGUGCACGUAUGAGCGCGAAACACAUUAACGGCGAGGACACACAGGAUUAUUGGCUGUCGGCCAGCAAGGAGCAUAUUCAGGAGAAGCUGAACUAUGUGCGGAAUACAAAGCGUGCAAAGAAUAUUAUACUGUUCCUGGGUGAUGGCAUGGGACUGGCAACGUUGGCUGCAGCUAGAAACUAUAUUGGCGGCGAGGAGAAGAAGCUAUCAUUUGAGGAAUUCCCCUACACGGGCCUAUCCAAGACCUAUUGCGUGGAUAAGAUUGUGCCAGACUCGGCGUCAACAUCCACAUCGUAUCUGUGCGGCGUCAAGGCCAACUACGGCACCAUUGGUGUCAAUGCUCACAUCAAACGCGGCGAUUGCCUGGCCAUGGCCAACGAAGCGAAUCACGUCUUCUCUUUGGGCAAAUGGGCAAUGGAUGCGGGCAAGGCAGCUGGACUCGUGACCACUACACGUGUCACACACGCCUCUCCUUCGGGCGUCUAUGCCCACACUGCCGAUCGUGAAUGGGAGAAUAAUGCAUUACUAGAAGAGGCUUGUGGUGAGCUGGCCACCGGAUUGGACGAUAUUGCAGUGCAACUCAUCCAUGGCGAGGUGGGCAGCAAACUGAAGGUCGUGCUUGGCGGCGGAAAGCGUAACUUCUUUGAUCCCGAGCACUAUGACAAGGGCCGUCGCACAGAUGGCCGCAAUCUGGUCGAGGAAUUCGAGGCUCUGUCCAAGGGCAACACCUACGUAAAGAAUCGCAAGAAGUUGCUCAAGGUUGAUCCCAAAGAAACGGAUCGUCUUUUGGGUCUGUUCAGCAAGAGCCACAUGCACUACCAUCUGGAGCAGCUAGCCGAUGAGGACAACAAUGAGCCCACGCUGGAGGAGAUGACGGAGAAGGCCAUCGAGAUGCUGGAGAACGAGGAGAACGGUUACUUCCUGUUUGUGGAAGGUGGCAAAAUUGAUAUUAGCCAUCACGAUACAAUGGCGCGCAUUGCGCUGGAUGAGACCGCCGAGUUGUCGAAGGCUGUGAGGCGUGCGCGCGAGAUGACCAGCGAGGAGGAUACACUGAUUGUGGUUACGUCGGAUCACUCGCACGCCUUCAGCCUGGGUGGCUAUCAGCCGCGAGGCAGUGAUAUCUUUGGCGCAGCCGAAACCCCGGGCACCGAUGGCAAAUCCUAUUUGCCAUUGAGCUAUGCGAAUGGCAAGAGUUUCGACAUCUACUACGAUAAGGAGGCACACGAGCGUGUCGACCCCAACUCCCUAUUGACUGGCAACGAUUUUGAACAGCUAUUCCCCGCUACUGCUCCCCUGGAGUCCGAGACGCACGGUGGCGAGGACGUUGCAGUAUUUGCAUCGGGUCCUUGGGCGCAUCUCUUCACUGGUGUCUACGAGCAGAACUCCAUUCCCCACACGAUGGCCUUUGCCGCCUGCGUUGGCGAUGGAAAAACAGCCUGUGAUUGAUUGGCAGCUUGAAUAAAUUCUAACUUUAAUUAAAAGUCGAACGCGAUAUCAUUAAAAACAUAGUCUAAAGAUUACUGUUGAUGAA